CUGUUGGUGGCCUCAGCUAGCUAGUUCAAUCAUGGACGACGAAAUACCAGAAAUUGCGGGACAUGACGAGUAUGACGUCACGUUUUCUCGAGACAGAGUUAUCCUGGAAGAUAUGCCAAAUUCGAAAGCUAAUCUAUAGUCACUACUCUCCAGAAUGAGCUACAUUUCCGCCCAUCUCGGCCGGCUAACAACCGGACACGCCUACUUUUAUUCGUACAUUAUUCGUCCCUAUGUUACGUGUACAUUUGGAAAUAAAUUUUGGAAACCUUGCUUCAUAAAAUGCCUUUUCCUUGGUCGUGCUUCAAAAUUUUCUCGGUGCUCAAUCGGAUAAUUGUAGAAGAGGCCUCAAAGAUAUUUUUGGUC